AUGGCGAAGAAUGAUCAAGCCAUCAUGAGCCAGCGUAGGACGGCGCGGAGCCGCCGUGCCAAGCGCCCCUGGCCGCGCGCGGAGAAGGAGUGCGCGGUGCGCGUGGCGGAGUUCCACGAGAUGACGCCGGGAGGAGGUCUGAGAGAUCCUUACCACUACGACGUGGGCUCCUUCAUGACAGUGGAUGUCUUGCUGCAAAGCCCAGAUGCCGGCGGACAUUUUCAAACCCUGGAGAGAGGCCAAAGAUUGCGCAAGCAUCGCUUUGAUCCUGGGGAUGCCUUGAUCUUCCUUGGGCACAAGUACCAUUGUGUGACUCCUGUGGAAGCCGGUUGCCGCCGGGUGCUGGUGGUCGAGCUUUGGCAUGGUCAGGAGCGCACCUGCGGCCAUCGCUGUGAUCGGCGCUGGAAGCGCUGCGACUUUGGGCGCUGGACGUUGGUCAGGGACCCCGCAGCGCAGGAGACAGCGUCCAUGCCGGACACUGAGCCACACCCAGACUCGAUUGGCUCCGACUUGGAAAAGGACUUGGAACAAGGCAAGUCACAGGAGGGCGGCGACGGAUUUGGCGAGUCCAUGCGGUUGGUCAAGCUGUCUUCGACGGAAGUGAACGUCUUGCGACAAUCCUUCGAUAUGUUGUUGCAAGCCUUGGGAAAUGACCGUGAAGCCGUGGGCGAUGCGAUCUACGGAACCAAGAUCGGUGCGUUGGUCGCGAUCAAGGACAAUUUCACUACUCCAAGAGCAGUCGUUUCUUUGCGCUUCUUCAACUGCUUUCGCCUCCUCUUGGAAAAGGCAGAGGACCCGGACGAGAUGAAGAUCUACGUGGAGACCUUGGCUUUCAAACAUUUGAACAGCGAGAUCACCGAGCAGCGCGUGGACGCGGUGAUCUCCGCCUAUAUGGAGCUCAUGACCAUCAACGUGCCGAACUUGCCCCCUGGGACGGCCGCAGCCUGGAGAAACAUUUUGGGCUACUGCGGCUCAUGCUACAGGUUUGUUGGAGACAGCUACGGCGAGCGUUUGCGAGUCAUCAAGGAAGAUUGGGCCGUAGUCCAACAGGCUUCCAAGCACGAAAGUGAGAAGGCCUCCAACCAGGGCGAGAACCAGGGCGAGGGGGACGGCGAAGGUGGCGACGAAGAGACAAAGGAUGAUUCGGCUGAGACCUUCAGCUUCGGCCGCAUGUGCGCCUUCAGUAACGAAGUCAUGGGCCAGAAAACGGAAGGCUGGAUGCUGGAGCUUCUACAAGUGUUUGAUAUUUUGGUGGAGAUGAUCUCCAGCCCUGUCCACUUGCAAGAGGAGUGUGACUUACUGGCGAUCAACUUGAUCACCAAGUCGACCUCGAUCGACUUUGAGAAGUUCAAGCCGGUGAUGUUGGCGGCCUUGCGAUCCUUGCUUCCCAAGCAGUGGAGCACUUUGCACGAAAAUGCCUGGGAGUGGCUCUGGAUGACGGUGGCCCGCAACUUGAAUGAGUCCACCAUGAAGGUCCGUGCCUUUAAGCCCUACAAUGCCAAGAUGUUUUCCCAAUUGCGGGAGGAGCAAUUGGACCGGUUUCGGGCGGACAUCUUCACGGAGUUCUUCGCCAGGAGCCAAGCCUCACAAGAUCUCUUCAAACAGUCGCAGAGUCGGCUGCGCUACAUCGCCGAUCGCGUGCUGCAGAGCUCCUACGACAUGUUCCACAAGAACAAAGAUGAGACGCUCGAUGACCUUUCGGCGUUGGGUUUGCGCCACGUAGGCUAUGGCAUCCCCAUCGAGUUGUUCGGGCCCUUCGUGGACGUGUGCGUGAACGUGAUGCAUCCAAUGGUCCAAGAGUUCCCCAACGAAAAUGAAAGCACCAAAAUGAUGUGGUGCCCCAAGGACAAGGCACACCAGAUUCAGGAGAAAGAGAUGCCGGAACACAUGAUGAUUGAGGGCUUCCGAUGGUCCAUUGGUUUGACGGCACGGGUCCUGGUGCGAACCAUCAUGGAUGGCUCCACUGCUGUGAUGCAAGCGAUCCACUUCGACGACUCGAAGCGUUUGAGGCGAGCGCUCUUGGACGCUCCCCGAGUGGAGCGCGCUGUUUGGCAACUGGCUGUCCAAGUUGGUAGCCAAUCCAUUUCUCCGCUCUUCUGGGCUUUGAGGAGUGGUGCUCAUGACACCGCCAAGACGAUGAUCCAAGAUGUGCUGACGAUCCGAGCUGACCGUGAUCACUACUACUUCGGAGCAGAUGAGCUGUUCAGGUUCCAGCCGAACAUUGCAGACAACAUCCUACGGGAGGCACCCUUUUUAGCUGAGACAUUGCUCGAUGGCCUGAUUUGGCGCUCCCACAAGAGCCAGGACAACUUGCGCCCGGUGAUCUACUACCUGAAACACUUGCUUCAAGACAUGGACGAGGAGCAGAUGUUGUCUCGAGCUUUAAUCAGCUAUGUCCGUUUCAACCACCCACAGACCAUUAUGCAUCCGAUCUUGACCUUUUCCUUGGACUUGCUUUGGGAGAAGUUGGCCAAGCGCUUCUUCUUGAUGGACCGGGUGUUAACGAUGUUCAACUGCGUGAUCUUUGUCUUGGCCGAAUGCUUGUUGAACCAACCUGACUGGAUCGUUGACCCCACGAUGUCGAAGGUCAUUGGUGGUUUCCGAUUUCUGGUCUAUACCAUUGGCUUCGGCCGAUUGCUCUAUUGGCACUGCUGCCAGUUCUACAAGGGCUACCGCCAUGGAGCUGUGACCAAGCUCGCUUGUUUCAAGUUCCCCUCCUACCUCUUCAGAUCGUCUGAUUUGCUGAGCUUUUGCUUGAUGUGCGACCUUCUGGCGAUGGCCACUGUGGAACCGAUGUUCCAUUGCCUUGGACAUUCAGAGGCCGUGAUCGAAUUCCGCUGCGACAAAUGGACCGACACGAUGAGCCUCCUCUAUGAGAUCUUUGUGAUCAUCGGUGUUUUCUUGUAUGUGAUUUUGAUGGUGGAGGUCGGCAGUAUCUCCGUUCGGAUCUCCGAGUACCGCGUCUUGUGCCUCCAUGCCAUCGAACAGGUGCUGCUUUGCUUCGGCGUGGUCUUGCUGACGAUCUUGACCUUCUCCUUUGCGGUCAGCGGCAUGACGCGUGAGGUUCAGGCAAUUUCAAACACAGAAUGGUCAAAUGUCGGAUCGUCGAUCAGCACCUUCAUCCGCAUGUCCUUUGGAGCAAUGGACCUAGCACCGAUUCAGACCGUCGCGGCCGAGAGCCCCUUGCUGAUCGUGGUGAUCGUCCUUUUCAUGAUGAUGGUCUACACCUUCUUUUUCAAUCUCCUGGUGUCGCAAUUCUGUGGGGUGUACACUUCGCUGGCAGAAGACAUCAAAGGCCACGCCAGGCUGGCUCGCGGUGAGAUCAUCAUCGAAACGUUUAAGGCGGUGCGAUUGACACGCUGGCAGAGGUUCAUGAAUUCCCUCAACUUGGAUAGCAAAGUGGACUUCGAGGAAGGUGACAUCGGCUUGGCCGGAGGCAUCAAGGACUUCGAGCCGGCCUUGGCCCAUCCGGUCGCAAAGGACCAGAUCAUCCGCUUUGGUGGGAAGACGGAUCCGCAUUUGCCCUGGCCCGAGAAAUUGGCCAGUGAGGCGGACAGCAUCGAGAGGGUGGUCCAACGAACGAUCCAGAAGUCCUUGCAGAAGUACCUUGGAAAGGGAAAAGCUGGAGCUGGAAGUGCCUUGGGAACCGUGAGCAGCGAUGACCAGCCACUCGGUGAGGAGCAAAGCCAAACAAGGAUAGCCGAGCAACGCAUCCAGAUGAAGAUCCUGAGCAUGGGUGAGAAAGUGGAGGUUUGCAGCUACGCUGUGCUAUCUUUCAAAGGCUUUGCGAAUUACCUGAGUGUUGCUGAUCAGAUCUGCGUUGAUGUCUUCAAGGAUUCCCGCGAACCCACGGAAGUCUUGCAGACGGUGGUCGCCGGUGGUGCGGAAGAUGAGACCAUGUCUGUGGUGGACGAGGCACUGAGUGAUGCCAUGGACUCGGAUUUUGGAGCCGGCGUUGAUCCCGAAGGGAAGCAACAAGUCGGUGACGGGGCAGCGGGGUUCGGCGAGACGAUGAAUCAGCUGGCCUUGUCGUCGACUGAAGCCACAGUUCUACGCAAAUCCUUUGACAUGGUCUUGGCAGCUUUGGGGAACGAUCGCGAGGAGAAUUUCACAACGCCCCGCGCAGUGGUGUCCCUGCGCUUUUUCAAUUGCUUCCGCCUGCUCCUAGAGAAGGCUGAAGACCCCAACGAGCUGAAGAUCUAUGUGGAAACCUUGGCCUUCAAGCAUUUGAACAAUGAAAUCACCGAGCAACGAGUGGACGCAGUACUGGAUGCUUUCAAUGAGCUCAUGGUGCAGAAUGUGCCCAAUCUGCCGCCGGGCACCGCCGCUGCCUGGCGGAAGUUGCUGAGCUACACCGGCUCCUGCUACAAGUACGUGGGCGACACCUAUGGGGAGCGCCUUCGAGUGAUCAAGGAAGAUUGGGCUGCCGUUCAGAAGUCUGCUACGGACGAUCGGAACAAGGACGAGACCAAGACUAACGCGGGCGACAACGCGGGUGGUGGAGAGAAUGUAAAUGCAGACGAGGCGAAAGAAGAUGACACGGCUGACGCUGGGGCCGAGACCUUCAGCUUUGGGCGGAUGUGCGCUUUCAGCAACGAGGUCAUGGGACAGAAGACUGAAGGUGUCGCAGCGGAGAGCUUGGAUGUGAAGAAUGGAAAGGAAGAACCGGUCUUCCACAGAUUUUGCAAGAUCCAGCACAAUCCAGACGAGCAGGGUGAAACUGCGCAAGAACGCCUCCGCUCAAACCAACCUUGUGGCGUUGUUUGGUCCUUAGCCUUAGCCCUGAAAAGGUUUUUUUCCUCAGCCUUCCGAAACUGCACCCAGAUCUUGGUCGAUAUGAUCUCCAGCCCUGUGCAUUUGCAAGAGGACAGGCUGGAGCCCAGUGGGGAGGUCAUCCAAGAGGAGGACGCGGGAGACUUUCCUGUGCAAUCAGGUCCUUCGUCGGCAUCAAGACCUACGGCAGAUGUGGGCGGUCGUGAGGCAACGUCGAUCACAGUCUCGCUUGAAGAGCUUCGCUUCUCUCAGUCGAUCGACUUUGACAAGUUCAAGCCGGUGAUGUUGGCAGCAUUGCGAUCCUUGCUUCCGAAGCAAUGGAGCACCUUGCAUGAGACAUCCUGGGAGUGGUUGUGGACAACUGUGGCACGGAACUUGAAUGAGUCCACCAUGAAGGUGCGGGCCUUUAAGCCGUACAAUAUCCGCAUGUUCUCCUCGCUGCAAGAGGAGCAGCUUGCUGGGAAAAUCGCCGAGGUCGCAGGCUAUGGCAUUCCAAUCGAGCUCUUUGGACCCUUUGUGGAGGUUUGCGUUCAGGAGAACGAGAUGCCCGAGCACAUGAUGAUCGAAGGCUUUCGUUGGUCCAUCGGCCACGCAGUUCACUUUGAUGAUUCCAAGCGUUUGCGCCGUGCAUUGAUGGAUGCUCCUCGUGCUGCUCGUCAUGGGACACGUGACGGGGACAGGGACAACUACUACUUUGGAGCUGAUGAGCUCUUCAAGUGGCUGCCCCGGAGGGGCAUUAGGUACCAGCCCAACAUCGCAGACAACGUCUUGCGCGAGGCGCCCUUCCUGGCAGAGACCUUGUUGGAUGGCUUGAUCUGGCGAUCGCACAAGAGCCAGGACCGAUGGACUUGGUCCGAGAAUAUCAGAAAUCGUACACAAGCUGAGCUAAAUACUGUGGACCUCACUCAGGACAACUUGCGCCCAGUGAUCUACUAUUUGAAGCACCUGUUGCAAGACAUGGAUGAAACGAAGAUGCUCUCCCGGGCUUUGAUCAGCUACAUUCGUUUCGACCACCCUCAGACGAUCAUGCAUCCAAUUCUCGCUUUUUCAUUGGACAUGCUUUGGGACAAACUGGCCUUGCGCUACUUCAUCAUGGACCGCAUCCUGACGAUCUUCAACUGCUUCAUUUUCAUCAUCGCCGAGUGCAUCAUGAACCAUCCAGACAUGCUGGUGGACGCCACGAAUUUUGGCUAA